AUGGACGCAGGCGACGAUGAUCACCUGCUUCCUUUCGAUGCUGCCAACCUCGACGUCGAUGUGGAUGCCCCUGAUGAUGAUGGUUGGGUGGAUGAGGUCAUCGGCGAUGGCGCUGAAGAGCCAUCGGAGUCGCUCCCCGAUCCUCAGCCUGAGGAUCAACUCAUUAUCACCUUCCAGGGAGCUGUUCAUGAGUUCAAUGGAAUAUCUCGGCCAAGGGUGGAAGCAAUAAUUUAUUUGCUAACUGAGAAUGAGACAUCUGCUGUUGUCACUCGCAUGAGACCAGGGUUAGAUGUAAAUUCCAAGGAUUUGGAAAAAGUCUCACAAUCAAAAUCCUCAGCCAAUGCUUACAGGCAGGAAGCUUUAAUGAGAUAUAGGGAGAAAAAAAAGAAACGUAACUUCAUGAAUAGAGUGAUGUAUGAAAGUAGACAAGAGGCUGCUUCAAGAAUGAAACGACACAAAGGUCAGUUUGUAUCAUCCAAAUCAAACAUCGAUGCAGAAGGCAAUCCAUCCAAUGAAAACAAUGCUGAGGAAGAAACAAAUCCAAUGUUUUGCCAAAAUUGUAUGAUUAGCAAAGAUGAGACCCCAAUGAUGCGUCGAGGGCCAAAUGGACCAGGAACUCUAUGCAAUCCUUGUGGGUUGAAGUGGUCACACACAGGCAUCCUAAGAAUUCCUGCUCAGGUUCCAUCUUCCAUGAACAAUGACCUCCAGGUUAACAAAGUUGAGCAGGAACUGGACUUCAUGCCUGCCACAUUUACUGCUUAUCUGCAGGGUAUAGCUCAAAUCCCUCCUGAGGUUUAUCCAUCCUCGGUGGACAAAGAUCUCCAGGAUAACAACAUUGACCAGAUUGACAACAAUGGCAUCAGAGUUCCGGACUUGUCAUGGGAUGAUCUCAUAAUUGAAUCUGCUGAGACAGGGCAAGCUGGGAAAGAAAGCUAG